AUGCGUGCCAAGCAAAGCCACCUGGCAGUGGUGGUGCUGGGGGAUGUGGGCCACUCCCCGCGCAUGCAGAACCACGCCAUCGAGAUCGCCAGCAACACCCAGCACCAGGUGCACGUGGUCGGGUACAUCGAGUCGAUGCCCUGCGAGGAGCUGAUCAACUCGCACUACGUGACCCUGCACGACGCGGGCUGCAAGGCGAUCAACCGGCUGCGCAACUGGCCGCGGGCGCUGUACCCUCUUUACGCCCUGCUGCGGUUCACCCUGGAGUUCCUCUUCCUGCUGUACACUUUCUUCGUGAGGGUGCCGGCCUGCCGCUACUACCUGGUGCAGAACCCUCCCACCCUGCCCGUGCUGCCCCUGCUCGCCCUGGUGGCCUUCCUGCGGGGGGGCCGGCUCGUCAUCGACUUUCAUAACUUCGGCUUCACUCUCAUGCGGGUCAAUCGCAGGCCUGGAGCGCUGGUGAGGACUGCCGAGUUUCUGGAAAGGAGGUUCAGUCGGCUGGCAUAUCGCAGCCUGUGCGUCAGCGAGGCCAUGCGGAAGGAGCUGGCCGGCUGGGGUGUCGAUGCAGCAGUGCUCAGAAAGUACGGGCUUCGGAAGGACGGCUUGCUAGUAAUUAGCAGCACCAGCUGGACCCCCGACUAAGACUUCGGGAUGCUGCUCAAGGCCCUGGAACAGUACGAGCAGCAGACCCACUGCAUCCGGCCAAUCACCUGCGUGAUCACCGGGAAGGGGCCGCAGCGGGCCCGCUACAUGGCGGAGGUGGGGGCCAAGCAGAACGGUUGGAAGAAGAUCAAAGUACAGUCGCUGUGGCUGGACACGGAGGACUAUCCUGUGGUGAUGGCAGCUGCCGACCUGGGCGUGUGCCUGCACUAUUCGAGUAGCGGACUGGACCUGCCCAUGAAGGUGGUCGACAUGUUCGGGGCGGGCGUGCCGGUGCUGGCGAUCGACUACCCGACGAUUUCAGAGCUGGUCCGGGACAACUGCAACGGGCUGAUCUUCAGCAGCAGCCAGCAGCUCUGCCAGCAGCUGACAGCCCUGGCGGGGGACAGCUCCCGGCUGAAUCGACUGCGAGAGGGCGCACAGGAGUGGCGGGGCAAGUCCUUCCACGAUGAGUGGUAG